UUUAAUAAUGGUUUUACAUCUAGUGCUCUUUCUAUCUUUUUAUCUGCUAUUCGCACAAGUGAUCUAUGGAAACAUUGAUGAUUUUGAUUGUGUUGAUAUAUACAAACAACCAGCUUUCCAACAUCCGUUGUUGAAACAUCACAAGAUUCAGGAAACCUUUGAUUCAGAUGAAAAUAUUGAUAAAAAAAAUUUUUAUGGAACAAAUUAUCAAAUUUGUCCAAAAAGAACAGUGCCAAUUUUAAGACAAAGAAAUGGAACUGAAAGUGUUCAUCUUGAUUCAGUCGAUUAUCCAGGCCAACAUUUUGCAACAAUCGAAACUGUUUUAGAUGGGAACAUCUAUCGAGGAGCAGAAGCUUUGAUAAGUCUUCAUAACGUAACAGUACGAGAUAACCAGUACAGUAAAAGUCAAAUUUGGUUAGAAAAUGGACCUCGUAAUCAACUCAAUAGCAUCCAAGUUGGUUGGGCUGUACAUCCAAGAUUGUAUGGUGACACUUUCACGCGGUUUACAAUAUAUUGGACCGCAGAUGGCUACAAAAAUACGGGUUGCUAUAAUAUCAAAUGUUCUGGCUUUGUCAUUGUAUCUCGAAUUCCUUGGAUUGGAAUAGCGUUUCCUAGAACCUCCGUUUAUGGUGAUAAAAAAUCAAUUUCUUUCACACCACAAGUUUUUCAGGAUGGUUUCAGUGGAAAUUGGGCAUUAAAAAUAUUUAAUGAAGUAAUUGGUUAUUGGCCCAAAGAAUUAUUCACACAUUUAAACAAAGGAGCCUCUCUGAUACGUUUUGGAGGAAACACAUUUGCAUCUCCGGAUGGAAUCAGCCCUCCAAUGGGAAAUGAGCGUUUUCCAGUUCUGGACUAUCAAAAAAGUUCAUAUUAUCUGUAUGUUAAAGUGAAGAAUUCGAACUAUCAAUUAGUUGAUAUUGAAGAUAGGAGAAUAAGACGUUAUGCAGAUUCGUACCAGUGUUAUAGAUUAUCAUAUUGGGGUUACCAAAAGUCGAAUGGUGUAUCAUUCUCCUUUGGAGGACCAGGUGGAAACUGUGGUGUUUGAUGAUUGAUGACUUUAUCUAUGUACUAUAAUAUAUCAAAUUUGCAAAAGAAAUAA